UUGCACUGCGGGCAGGAGGGAGAAAAGGCAGGUACAGGUACAACAGCAGCAGCUGCAGCAGCAUUUCAGCCAGCACAGAGCAACAGCAUCACAGAAUACACACUCUGCUACACUCAGCUGAAAGAAGAUGGAAACAGACAGAGUAAAUUUCUCCCCAGCAAGAAGUCCUUCUGUCAGAGAUGAGUUAAGGCAACCAUCUCAGCACAGUUUCUACCUAAGCCCACCUCCGCUCUAUAUUAAGCCCCCAAAAUUCUCCCCUGCCCGAUACCCCAGCAUAUCACCCACCAGAGACACCUAUAGUACAUUAGGCCCACCUGCAUUCUUUCCCAUGCUUGGGCCCAGUUACAUGCAAAAGGAGGGAUCCCAAAAACGCAAAAGAACUCCUUUCAAAGUGGAUGCAAAGGAAUGCGAGUCUCCAGACGGAGGAGCAGAGGAAGAGGAGGAAAGCAGUAGAAAGAAGACGGUGGACCUCUCCCAUAUUCCCUUCUCCCUCCCAUCUCGCCCCAUUACCUCCCCAUCUCCAAGGGCCAUCCCUGGCAUGAUCGAGCUAAACAGACUACAGCUGCAUCAUAGAUCACCCGGUCUGAAUCUACCUGUGCAGGUGAAACAAGAGUCUCUCAGUCCUUCCCCUGUUUGGCCUCCUUCUCCGCUCCUUCUCCACCCUCCAUACUUCCCCCCUCUCCACCACAGCCUCCUACCAUACCCCUUCUUCAUGCCUGGGUCUGUCAUGCACCUCUCCCCUGGACCUUUCUACACCAAAGAGGACCUCAGACCUGGUCAUCGCAGCCGUGACGGACCUCCUCGAGGUAGCAUGACCAGCGCUGAGAAGCUGGGUCUUAACGUCCAUGUUGAUGACAGCUACUAUGUGGACGUAGGAGGCGACCAGAAGCGAUGGAAGUGUCGUAUGUGUGAGAAGUCCUACACCUCCAAGUACAACCUGGUCACGCACAUCCUGGGGCACAGCGGCAUCAAGCCACAUGGAUGCCACCUGUGUGGAAAGCUGUUUAAGCAGCUGAGCCACUUGCACACACACCUGCUCACUCACCAGGGCAUGCGUCCUCACAAGUGCCAGGUGUGCCACAAGGCCUUCACCCAAACCAGCCACCUGAAGAGACACAUGAUGCAGCACAGUGACGUGAAGCCAUACAGCUGCAGCGUGUGUGGCCGAGGCUUCGCUUACCCCAGUGAGCUUCGUGCCCAUGAGUUGAAGCAUGAGAAAGGCCAGGAGAACGUAUGUGUUGAGUGUGGUCUGGAUUUCCCCACACUGGCCCAGCUGAAGAGGCACCUGACUGCCCACCGUGGCCCCACCCUGUACAGGUGUGCAGAGUGCCAGAAGACUUUCCAGUACCCGAGUCAGCUUCAGAACCACAUGAUGAAACACAAAGACAUCAGACCGUACAUUUGCAGCGAGUGUGGGAUGGAGUUCAUUCAGUCACACCACCUGAAACAGCACACACUCACCCACAAAGGGGUGAAGGAGCACAAGUGUCGCAUCUGUGGUCGCGAGUUCACGCUGUUGGCCAACAUGAAGCGCCAUGUCCUCAUCCACACCAACAUACGGGCCUAUCAGUGCCACAUGUGUUUCAAGAGCUUCGUCCAAAAGCAGACUCUCAAGGCUCACAUGAUCGUCCACUCUGACAUCAAGCCUUAUAAAUGCAAGCUUUGUGGGAAGGAGUUCAACAGGAUGCAUAACCUAAUGGGUCAUAUGCACCUCCACUCGGACAGCAAACCAUUCAAAUGCCUUUACUGCCCGAGCAAGUUCACACUGAAGGGAAACCUCACCAGACACAUGAAGGUGAAACAUGGCGUCAUGGACAGAGGCCUGGAUGAAAGAUUGUUCAGGCAGAGGGGGCGAUUCUGCCUAUCCACUCCUAUGGGCCUCCUCACCCACUUCAGCCAAGAGGAGCCUUUUGAUCUAUCCCAGAAGCCCCCAGGCCUUCGCCUCUCCCAGUCUGAUGGCGAGAGCGUCCCUGGAAGCUCGUGUCAGGAGGAGGAUGAGGAGAGUUUGUACAGAAGGAGCCAGUACAGCCCUGAGGUGGACCAACAUGAGCCAGCAGGCGAGGACCAGUACCUACAUGAGCUGGAGGAGAGAAGGGAAGAGGAGAAGGAGAAACAGAUGUACCAGCAUAGUUUAGAUGACCAGACAUAUGAGAGGGAGUCAGCAGAAGAUGAAGGACACUUGUUAGAUCACACGGGUGACCAAGUUCACCUCUUAGCAUCAGGAGACACACCUGAGACAGCCUAUGAAUCCGACUUAGAGCUAGGUGAGCGCCAUGAGACGAGCCGUAGACAGUCAUAUGACUCGUAUGACUCCGAUUCAGAGCUGGAAGAUCAGAUUCAUCAUCAAGAGCCAGAAGAACCAGAGCAAAGCAAACAGCAGCUGGAUGGAUUUUGUGAGGCAGCCAUCGAUGUUGGGAGAGAGGAGGCAGAACAGAUUUGAAACAAGUGACAGGAUGAGGAAGAAUGAAGAAGAAUCAGAAACACAAAAGGAAGGCUGAGAAGAAAAGCCAGGUUUUGGAAAACGUUAAUCACGGAGAGGAAAAGCGAGAGAGGAUGUGAAGGAGAAAGUGUGUAGGACUCAUGCAGCGAUAUGAAGGAAAAUGAUUGUGAAGGAUGUAACAUAGCGUAUUACAACAAAGGGGACAUGCACAUAUCACAUUUACUUAUAGAGAAAAAUAAAUAAACUUGUAAGUAACUGAAAUAAUAAAGCUGUGAAGCAAACUCUUUUUACAUAUCAUAUUUUUAUUGACAGACAUAUCACUGACAGAACAUUCAUGUGAGUUUAUGAGUGACAAAUUAGGAUAGUUUUGUAACAUAUAUUUCUUUUUUUCUUUUU